CCUCCCUUCUCUUCCUCUGUUCACACCUUCACUUUCCCAUUCAUUUUUUUCAUCUGGGUUUUCUUUUUUCUUCCUUUUUCUUGAAGGGGGAAGAAGAAAAAUUAGUUGUUCUUGCUGUUUCCUUUUUUGUUGUUGUUUGGGAAAUGGUUUUUGAUGAUUUAAUGAAGACUUGCAUCAUGGUUGGUUAUGGAGGUCACUCAUCUUCCCUGUUCCCUGAUGUUUAUACCAAAAGCUUCAAAACUUACUACCACCGAGGAGAUGAUGACGGUGUUGAUGAUGAUGAGUUGAAAUGGGAGGUUCUAGACUUACAGCUCUUACAAUGGAGAGUCAUCACCCAUCCACACUCUUGUCUAUGGAUUCCAGUGCUUCUUCUCAUGAUGAAUUGGAUUUGGAAAUGAAUCGCCAAGUCGUACUUUUGCGCCCGCCCGAUAUCAAUCUUCCUUUGUCUGCUGAGCGCAGCCCACCGCAGCAGCCGUGGAGUUCUGAUCCAUGUGAUAUUUUAGAUGUUGGGCUUGGUUCACAGGUUUAUGAGACUGAGAGCUUCCUUACUGCCCCUAAAGUUGGCCGGAAAUUAGUGAAGCGUGUUGAUUCCAUAUGGGGUGCUUGGUUUUUCUUCAGUUUCUACUUCAAGCCCGCAAUGAAUGAUAAGUCGAAAGCUAAGAUUAUCAGGGAUAGCAAUGGGGUUUCUGGCUUUGAGAAGUCUGAUCUCAAUCUUGAUACUUUCAUGGUUCAACAUGAUAUGGAGAAUAUGUAUAUGUGGGUCUUUAAGGAGAGGCCUGAGAAUGCAUUGGGAAAAAUGCAGCUUAGGAGUUAUAUGAAUGGUCAUUCUCGUCAAGGGGAGCGCCCCUUUCCAUUCAGUGUUGAUAAAGGUUUUGUUCGAUCUCACAGAAUGCAGCGUAAGCAUUAUCGGGGUCUUUCCAAUCCUCAGUGUGUUCACGGAGUUGAGGUUGUUCCAUCUCCUAGUUUGAUGAGCCUUGACGAAGAAGACAGGAAGAGGUGGGCAGAACUCACAGGCAGGGAUUUGAAUUUCACCAUCCCCCCUGAGGCAAGUGACUUUAGUUCAUGGAGAAAUCUUCCAAAUACCGAUUUUGAACUUGAAAGGCCUCCCACUCUUAAGAGUGCCUCGAAUUCUCAUUCGAAGAAACUGCUCAAUGGAUCUGUGCUGAAUCUAUCUACUCAACCAUCAAACCACAGUAACUGCGAUGGGAUGGAUUUAUCACCUGUCAGCAGCAAGAGGAAGAAGGAUUUCUUCUCGAAUGGCAACGAUGAUGAUUGCUACUUGGCUGUGAAUAACCAUACUUCUGAUCGCAUUUCCGAUAUGGAGGUGCACCCAACUGAACCACACUGGUUGAACGACUUUAGUGGGGUCAUGAAGAAUGCUUAUGGGCCAGUAACAGCUGCUAAAUCGAUAUACGAGGAUGAAGAAGGUUAUUUAAUCAUCAUCAGCUUGCCUUUUGUUGAUCUUCCAAGUGUCAAAGUCUCGUGGAGGAACACUCUCACACACGGUAUCAUAAAAGUAUCCUGUGUGAGCACAUCGGGACUGCCUUUCAUCAAGAGACACGAUAGAACAUUCAAGCUCACAGAUCCAUUUCCCGAACACUGUCCCCCUGGUGAAUUUGUGAGGGAGAUCCCUCUAGCAACUCGAAUUCCUGAAGAUGCUAAUAUAGAAGCAUAUUACGACGGUCCAGGAUCUGUCCUUGAAAUUAUGGUGCCGAGGCUCCGUGUCGGUCCUGAGGAACAUGAAGUUCGCGUCUGCCGUCGACCCCAUCUCGGGGGUAAUGAUCUUAUGUUAACUUGAGAUGUCCCAUCUGUUUAGAUCAAAUAACAGUUGUUGCUGGAGGUAGGCAUUCACUUCACUGUUUACUAACUAAGCUUCAUUUUAGUGUUCUUUUAUGGGAAGAGAAUGUACUCUUUUUUUUCCUAUCUGUUUCUUUUGUGAUUCUUUGCUCACUAAAUUUAUGCAUCAUAUUUAGAAAUUGAUUGCAAUUUAUACUGAGCAUAUAUAUGAACUUGUAUUUUAUUUUAUUUUUUCCCCCCUUUUUCCAUUUAUACAAAUAACAUUGGUUGGAUUAAACCUUCUGCUUGUUGGAAAACCAACUUCUAUUGUUCUCAAUGAAAUGCCUAUAAUUAUAUUAUUAUUUUAUA